AUGCGCGUCUGGCGCGUCUUCUCUUUGGUCCCCAACCUUUUUCUGGCCAAACGGAUCGCGCGCGUGCAAGUCUUCAUUAUUGGCACGCUCUAUCUGUUCUUGGUUCCUGUCUGCCAUCCUACUAUUCCCUCGACUUUGGAAGGCGUCAUUGGUAACACCCACUUCGCCGGUACCAUCUUCAUGGAAAGAGAUGCGGUUCCAAAGAGGAUGCCCAGACCACUCCUUACAGAGAAGGGAGCGCAGGCCCAUGGGGAGCGGGGAGCGGGGUUCGGCGUAGAUGCGGCUCCCGAGAAGAUGCCAGCACCAAGAAUCUUGCAGAGAGACAACAUGUGCCGUGGUCUGGUGGGGGGAGAGGUUAUGACAAAGGAGUGA